GAUGAAGCGAUGGGGAAAUCGUUUAUGGAGGAAAUUACGAGGUGACCCCGGAAACGCAACACAAGAAGCCGGGGAUGGAUGCGCAGCCUCCACAAAAGCCAUGGGAAAGGCGAAUUCCAGGAGCAAUGAGUGCGCCCAUAAAUCACAGAUCUGUAACCUUUGGACCACCCGCUGGCCCGUCCUACUCGGCAGGCCCCCCCGUCUUGACCCGCAUGGUGCCCCCUGUGCCUCCCCGCCCCGUCCAGCAGGCCUACCGUCCAUCGUACGGCUCGUUCAACUCCUCUUACAGCCCCUAUGGGAGCUCCAUGUAUGGCGGCUACAGCCCCUACAGCCACGGCGGGGGCUACGGCCUGGGAGGGUACAGCCGCCUCAGCAACACCGAAGAAGUCGCCCCCAGCCGCUUCGUGCAGCAGGCGGAGGAGAGCAGUCGCGGCGCCUUCCAGUCCAUCGAGAGCAUCGUCCAGGCCUUCGGCUCGGUCAGCAUGAUGCUGGACGCCACCUUCUCGGCGGUGUAUAACAGUUUCCGCGCUGUGCUGGACGUGGCAAACCACCUGACGCGGCUGCGUUCCCACCUCACCAGGGUUUUGUCAGCCUUUACUCUUGUGCGCACGCUGCGCUACCUCUAUCGGAGGUUACAGAGGCUGCUGGGGCGAAGGACGGACGCCGAGGUAGACGACUUGUGGGCCGACAGUGCCGCCGAUGCCCUGGCGACAAGUGCGCCUGGAUUGGACGGAGCAAGGUUUGAGGGUCAGCCCGUGAAGUCUUGGCCGAUCCUUCUGUUUUUUGCUGUGGUGUUGGGGGGACCCUACCUCAUCUGGAAGCUGCUGAGCUCGGCCACUGGCUCUGAAGAGACCGCCUCCCGUUGGGCCAGCGGGGAGGACGACCACGUGGUGGCGCGAGCUGAGUACGACUUUUCAGCCGCGUCUGAGGAGGAGAUUUCCUUGCGGGCGGGAGACAUGCUCAACCUCGCCCCUAAAGAGCACCAGUCCAAGGUGCGUGGCUGGCUGCUGGCUAGUUUGGACGGCCAGACCACAGGACUCGUCCCCGCCAACUACGUCAAGGUCCUGGGCAAGAGGAGGGGCCUAAAGCACGCAGAGAUGGAGAGGCUCGCUCAGGAGCAGCAAGUGAACGCCAUCCCCACCCAAGGGGUCACCCAAGGCCUCGGUUCAGCCUCCGCCGCAGCCUCCAUGGAUGGGCUGUUGGAGUCGGCGUACAGAGAAACGCCGGUCCCCUUCAGACCGGCAACGUCAAACUCCAGCUUGGCCUCCAGCACGGUGUUAAACAUCCCAGAGAAGACUGACUUGUGAUGUUUGUGCAUGUGUGUUUUUCUCUGCGUGCAAGUCUGUAGGAGUUCACCAGCCAGGAGUUGGCUCAGUCAGUAUUCAUUUACUCUGAAGCUUGACUCAUAAUCAGUAGAUGAUGGAUAUCUGAGGACACCAGAGACCAUUGAGAUUUUCUCUUCAGAUCAUCCAAUGCCACCAUGGCCUUCUGGUAAGGUUAAAGGCCCGGAGGGGUUUCCAUGCACAGGUUUCCUGUCAUGCUUUUCGGUUAAGGACCAGUGUGUCUCAAAUUAGGAGUCCAUACUUACAUUUGUUAUGAAAGAAAGAAAGUUGGAUGUGUUCUCUUAAUACGGUAGAAAUAAUGUCUAAUUUAAGAUGUAGCCUAAUGACUUGAUAUUGUUGAAUAACAAUAAUUGGUUCCAUGUUUAAGUUAAUGAGGCACACUGGUACAUCGUUGUGCAACGUUUUAUGACAUAAUCAUGUUUUUUCUGCUUGGUGUUCCGCGUUGUCUUUGAGGCAAAUGUGAUUGGAUUCAUUCAGAAUGAGAAAGGGGCUCACUUUGCACAUUUUAUGCUAUUUCUUGGUCAUAGAUUGUAAUUUUGUAAAUAUUUAAUACAAUUAUUUUGAAAAUAAAUAUUAAAAAUCA